GUACAAAGCAGAUGUUUUUUUUUUUCUUGUUAUAAAUAUCCCUUCCUCUUCUACCCUCAUCUUUACUCUGUUUCUCUCUCUCUCUCUCGCUCUGCUAUUUGUUUUCUCAAUCUGAAAGAGAAGAAGAUGAUGAUGGAUAGAGCUACACAAUCUGAGUUUUUCCUCAAUUAUACGGACAUGUCGGUUUUAGAGCGCCAAAGAGCCCAACUCAAAUACCACCAUCCCGGCUUCGAUUCCACUCUCGCCGGCUUCUUAUCCGAUUCUUCAAUGAUCAACGGCGGCGAGUUUGGCGGCUUUAUGGGGGCGAGCGGUUCGGAUUUUCCAGUGAUUUACGGGGAGACGGCGACGGGGAGUGAUUCGAGGCUCUCAAUUUCGCCGGAUAAUAUAACAACUUCUGCGACGUUUGGGUCUGGAAAUUUCAAGAAACGGAAGUUUAAUAGCGUCGUUACAGAGUCGAAGGGUUGUAAUGCAAAGAAAGUGAUGAUGAACAGAGAAGUAGAAGAAGAAGAAGAGAAGUCAAAAAUAACAGAGCAAAACAAUGAGAGCACCAUGACGAUGAAGGAUAAAUCCAAAAAAGAACAAAGCAAUUGCUCUAAGGAUUCAUCAAAAGUGACCAAGGAAUUGCAGAAAACGGAUUAUAUUCAUGUCCGUGCACGGCGAGGCCAAGCCACUGAUAGUCACAGCAUAGCAGAACGAGCUAGAAGAGAAAAGAUCAGUGAGAGAAUGAAGUAUCUUCAAGAUCUAGUUCCUGGGUGCGACAAGAUCACUGGCAAAGCAGGGAUGCUGGACGAGAUCAUCAACUAUGUUCAGUCUCUUCAGAGACAAGUCGAGUUCUUGUCGAUGAAACUAGCAGCUGUGAGUCCAAGGAUUGAUUUCGAUAUCGAUGACAUUUUUGCGAAAGAGGUUGUCUCAGCUCCAAUAACGACGAACUUACCAAACACUGUAAUGCCAUCUCAUGAGAUGGUUAAUUCCGGUUAUCCUCAUGAGAUGGUUAAUUCCGGUUAUCUUCAUUUCAAUCCAGUGCAGCAAGUGGUGACCAGUUCUGACCCACUGUCCUGCUUUAACGUUAACAAUGGGCAAGCUCCUUCGAUGUGGGACUCUGAUGUGCAGAAUCUUUAUAGCAGUUUAGGAGUUUGAUUAAGAACGAUCCACAAGAUCAAAUUCAUAUUAUUUUCAUCGGAAGAGAGAGGAACUUAUAGUUUGUUACCUUGUUAUUACUAAUUUCACUGAAUUGACUUAAAAAUUAUGAAUUGUUUCCACCCAUAUUGUUAGUACUAGAAUGUACAUUCAUGGCUGUGUAUAGAUGCAAAACAGUAAUAAAAUAUUUUCUUAUCAGUGCACGUAGUCCUUCAAAGUGUGUUCUCGUC